AGAGUGCAGGAGCUGCACAAACACAGAAGACAGCAUCGAGCUCAACCUGCAAACGGACAUUUUCCAGUUUAGUAAGGAGAUUGUCAGUACAAGGUGCAGUGGGGCGGUUUUUAGAUCUUAUCUGGUUUAUUUUUUUUUUAUCACUGAGAUGACUUUAUGCAGCUUGAGCAUCUUUAUCAUCGUCACGGUUUAUCUUGGCAUCAUCUUCAACCCAAGUCAUGGUUUCAACGUGACCCAACCAGUGAAUCGGACUGUGAACCCAGAUCAGUCGGCACUGAUCAGCUGUGAACACGACCAACAAGCCGAUGUUGUUGUUGAAGACGUUCGACUCUACAGCAAAUUACCAAUGGGAAAAUCUUCGAUCCUCUGCCAGAAAGAGAAGAAAGACUGCAAGAACAUCGUCAUGUAUCGUGAGAGCGACAAAAAGUUCACCUUCAUCCUUCUCAACAUCGGACCAGAGGAGAUGAAGAUGGCCUAUGAGUGCGAGAUGACACUGAAAACAGGUGAUAUAGAUGAUACGGAGAAAGGAACACCGACCCGACUACUGCCAGGUCAGAAGGAAGCUGAGGAGCGAUGCAGGCCUUCCUCCAACCCUCCCCUCACCCAUCAGCCUCAGCCUCAGUCUGAUCAGGUCCGGUGGAUUCUGAUUGGUCUGCUGACCCUGACGUUGCUGUACAGCUGUGUCAUCACGUCCUUCUACAUCAGACUCAUGAAAAGUGACGACAGAGAGGAGUGUGAGAACUCCACCUAUGUGGAAAUGAGGACAGCUCCUCGUCAAAGGAAUGCAGAUUUCAGUGCUUACAGCGGGUAGAUCGGUUAUCCAUCUCCACCGCUGGAGCCAUGAUGAAUGUAAACUAACGGAAAACAUGGACUCUGAAAGUGUGGAUGGUCAGGUUUUACCUCUUCAUCCACAAUAUUUAAAAUGUACUACUGAAGAUAGACAGCAGAGGGAGACAAAGACUGCAUAAAGAGACCACACUGUCCUCUGCUGCACAGCUGUUCAUCUUUGGCGGAAAAAUGCAAUCUAAUACAAUAAAUGUAGCAUGGUUCAAAAACAGUGAACAGAGGAGCAGGUUGUUGGAGAUUCAUUCAGCAUGGUGAAACAUCUUUCUACAGAAGAUGAACAGAGUAGAGAGGAAGAGUCUGGAGAGGUUGGAAUCAUGGAAAGAGAUAAACCUCUAUACUAUGAGGAGAGCAACAUUUUUUUAGUUUUGGCAACACCUGUGGACACCAGUGGGACUCAACAUUGGGCUUAAAGGUGUCCAAAAGAGUCAAGAAAUGUCCAAAAUGACUCAAAGGUGGUAAUUUCAAACUAAGUUUCAGUCAUUUUAGACACGUUUCAAGUGAUUUUGGACAUUUAUUAUGGUUUUUUUUGGACAAUUCUUGAGUCGUUUUCAACAAAUUUAUAUUAUUUGAGACAAGUUUUAAAUAGUUUUGAACAAUUUUAUGUACUGGAUCAAUAAAAUAAAUGUAGCACAGUUCAAAAACAGUAUACAGAGGUUGUACAAAGUUGUUUGAGAUACAUUCAGCAUGGUGAAACAUCUUUCUACAGCUGAUGAGCAGAGUAGAGAGGAAAACACAGUUACUAGAGGCUGUAAAUAUAUAAAUAGUGAGAAAUAUAAAGUAUGUAGCGCCACCAUUAUUACCCAAUGUUGGUAACACCUGUGGACUCUUGGAAACAUGUUGUACUUGUUAAUUCCAGGUUUUUCAAUUGUGAAAUAAAUAUUCAAAGACUUUUUAAUUUUCAA